UACAAAACCCUAAUAAUAAAAGGGUCGGCAAAGCCCCCAAAUCCGCGAGAAAGAUUGAGCGAGCGAGCGAGCGACUUCCGGCUGCCUUCCUCAAUCUUCGUCUCGAUCUGCUCCAAGUCGUUUCCACUUCUUCUUCCUCCUCGUCGGGAACCCUAAAGAGAACGAGAAUGGAUCAACAGCAGCAGCAGCAGAUCGCGGCAAUUCUUGGGGCGGCGGAAUCGGGGCCCUUCGAGUCUCUGAUUGGCCAGCUGAUGUCGGCCUCCAACGAGCAGCGCGCUCAGGCGGAGUCCCUCUUCAACCUCUGCCGUGACCUCCACCCGGACGCCCUCGUCCUCAAGCUCGCCUCCGUAUUGCACUCCUCUCCCUCCCCCGACCUCCGAGCUAUGUCCGCCGUCCUCCUCCGCAAGCUCCUCACCCACCGCGGCGGCGGCGAUUCCGAUGCCCCCCUCUGGCCCCGCCUUUCCCCUUCCUCCCAAUCUUCCCUCAAGUCUCUCCUCCUAUCGGUCCUCCAUCGCGAACCCGACCGCUCCAUCGCCAAGAAGGUCGCCGACACCGUCUCCGCCCUCGCCGUCUCCCUUCUCCCCGAUGCCGCCUGGAACGACCUGCUUCCCUUCCUCUUCCACGCGGUCUCCGCACCCGAUACCAGCCCCCGCCUCCAGGAGUCCGCCCUCCUCGUCUUCGCCCAGAUCGCCUACGUCCUAGCCGAUGAUGCCUCCUUCGUCGGGCCCCACCUUCCGACCCUCCACUCCCUUCUCCUUUCCGCCCUCUCCCACCCUUCUUCUCCCGACGUCCGUGUUUCUGCACUCUCUGCGGCUGUCAACCUCGUCACCUCUCUCGAGUCUGCUGCCGACCGCAACCGCCUCGCCGAUCUCCUUCCCGCCAUGAUGCGCACCCUCACCGAGUCGCUCAACUCUGGGCAGGAGGCCGCCGCUCAGGAGGCCCUUGAGCUCCUCGUUGAGCUGGCUGGAGCAGAGCCACGGUUUCUUCGCCGACAGCUGGCUGAUGUGGUCGGUGCCAUGCUGCAGAUUGCGGAGGCUGAUGGACUCGAGGAGGGCACACGCCACCUGGCGAUCGAGUUCGUCAUCACCCUUGCGGAGGCGAGGGAGCGUGCCCCUGGGAUGAUGCGGAAGCUACCCCAGUUUGUUAGCCGGCUCUUUGCUGUGCUCAUGAAGAUGUUGCUGGAUAUAGAGGAUGAUCCUGCCUGGCACAGCGCAGAGGUUCAGGAUGAGGAUGCUGGGGAAACUAGUAAUUAUGGGGUGGCCCAGGAGUGCCUCGAUCGUCUUGCCAUCGCAGUUGGUGGAAACACAAUCGUGCCAGUUGCCUCAGAACUGCUGCCAGCCUACCUUGCCGCACCUGAGUGGCAGAAACACCAUGCAGCCCUAAUCACUCUUGCUCAGAUCGCUGAAGGUUGCUCAAAGGUGAUGUUAAAAAACCUGGAGCAGGUGAUAACCAUGGUCCUAAGCUCAUUCCAGGAUCCCCAUCCUCGAGUUCGUUGGGCAGCAAUUAAUGCUAUUGGACAGUUGUCGACGGAUCUGGGACCGGAUUUGCAAGUCCAAUAUCACCAGAGAGUGCUCCCAGCAUUGGCAACAGCGAUGGAUGAUUUCCAGAAUCCCCGUGUGCAGGCGCACGCAGCUUCGGCAGUUCUGAAUUUCUGUGAGAACUGCACUCCUGAUAUUUUGACACCUUACCUAGAUGGGAUUGUCGGAAAAUUACUUGUGCUUCUGCAGAAUGGGAAGCAGAUGGUGCAAGAAGGAGCUUUAACAGCCUUGGCCUCAGUGGCAGAUUCAUCACAAGAACAUUUCCAGAAGUACUAUGAUGCUGUUAUGCCUUACCUCAAAGUUAUAUUAAUGAAUGCAACUAACAAGUCAAACAGGAUGCUUCGUGCGAAAUCGAUGGAGUGCAUAAGUUUGGUUGGAAUGGCAGUGGGCAAGGAGAAGUUCAGGGAUGAUGCUAAACAGGUAAUGGAAGUUCUGAUGGCAUUGCAAGGAUCACAGAUGGAGACAGACGACCCUACCACAAGCUACAUGCUUCAGGCAUGGGCCAGGUUGUGCAAAUGCUUGGGACAGGAUUUUCUACCUUACAUGAGUGUUGUUAUGCCCCCAUUACUUCAAUCUGCUCAGCUGAAACCAGAUGUGACUAUUACUUCAGCAGAUUCAGACGAUGAUAUCGAAGAUUCAGAUGAUGAAAGUGUUGAAACAAUCACUCUUGGAGAUAAAAGGAUAGGUAUUAGGACUAGUGUCUUGGAGGAAAAAGCUACAGCCUGUAACAUGCUCUGUUGCUAUGCUGAUGAGCUCAAGGAGGGCUUCUACCCAUGGAUUGAUCAGGUUGCUCCUACAUUGGUACCUCUUCUUAAAUUUUAUUUCCAUGAAGAAGUGAGGAAGGCUGCUGUUGCAGCCAUGCCGGAACUGCUACGAUCAGCAAAACUAGCAAUUGAAAAGGGGCAAGCUCAAGGUCGUGAUGAAACAUAUGUUAAACAAUUAGCAGACUAUAUCAUUCCAGCUCUUGUUGAAGCAUUGCAGAAGGAACCUGAAACAGAAAUCUGCGCUAGCAUGCUGGAUUCACUAAAUGAAUGCAUGCAGCUUGCUGGAUUACUUCUUAGUGAAAACCAAGUCAGAAGCAUAGUUGAUCAAAUAAAGCAUGUCAUAACAGCAAGUGCAGCUAGGAAAAAGGAAAGGGCAGAACGAACAAAGGCAGAAGACUUCGAUGCAGAGGAAGAAGAGGUGCUUAAAGAAGAAAAUGAGCAAGAGGAAGAAGUGUUUGAUCAGGUUGGGGAUUGCCUGGCCACUUUGAUCAAAACCUUUAAGGCUUCUUUCUUACCGUUCUUUGAUGAGCUCUCUCUCUAUAUAACUCCAAUGCUGGGCAAGGAUAAAACAGCUGAGGAGAGAAGGAUUGCCAUUUGCAUCUUUGAUGAUGUUGCAGAACAAUGCCAGGAAGCAGCUCUGAAAUAUUAUGAUACCUAUCUUCCUUUCCUAUUAGAAGCAUGCAAUGAUGAGAAUGCAGAUGUUAGACAGGCUGCUGUUUAUGGAGUUGGUGUUUGUGCUGAAUUUGGUGGUUCUGUGUUUCGGCCUCUGGUUGGAGAGGCCCUGUCAAGGUUGAAUAAUGUUAUUAGACAUCCUGAUGCAAUGCACUCGGACAAUGUAAUGGCAUAUGACAAUGCUGUUUCAGCUCUUGGAAAAAUAUGCCAGUUUCAUCGUGAUGGUAUUGAUGCAACUAAGGUUUUUCCUGCUUGGUUGGGCUGCUUGCCGAUUAAAAAUGACUUAAUUGAGGCUAAAAUAGUUCAUGAACAACUUUGUUCUAUGAUUGAAAGGUCGGAUAGGGAGCUUUUAGGCCCAAACAACCAGCAUAUUCCUAAAAUAGUUUCUGUGUUUGCCGAGGUUUUGUGUGCAGGAAAAGAUCUGGCCACAGAACAAACCAUCAGCCGGAUGAUCAAUCUCUUGAAGCAGAUUCAGCAGACAUUACCACCGGCUGUCCUUGCCUCAACCUGGUCUACCUUGCAGCCUCAGCAGCAGCUUGCACUGCAGUCUAUAUUAUCUUCAUAACUCCCCGGAUGUUGUUGCCGCUUGUCAAACCAUACUUUCUGGUUCACAUGUCUUCCUAGUUUAUAUCAUUAUUGCUUAUCAUUCUUUAUGUCUAUUCAUCGAGUCCAUUGAAGCGUGAGGGCAGAUUGAGUUUUCUUUAUGCUGCAAGGGAAUUUUGCAAUUUUGGUGGGGUGGUGUAUAAAUUUGACUCCCGGAUGUGUAUUUGCUAUCUGAGGUGUACAUUGUGAAAGGGUGAAGAAGUUUGUUCUUGUUGAAUUCUUCUGGUUAUAGUGGAAGGGGAUUGGUUGAAGAGGCUGUUGCAGUCAUGUCGAUUACAAUGAUUUGGCACCAAGUGUGGAUGGAUUUGUGAAUGUUCAUAUAGUAACUACCUUGUGGUUAGUGUCGUUUGGUCA